UGGCCCGUCCGGAGCGGCGGUGCAGCCAUGGCUCACUCGCCGGUGCAACCGGGCCUGCCCGGGAUGCAGAAUCUAAAAGCAGAUCCAGAAGAGCUUUUUACAAAGCUAGAAAAAAUUGGAAAAGGUUCCUUUGGUGAAGUGUUUAAAGGCAUUGACAAUCGGACUCAGAAAGUAGUUGCCAUAAAAAUCAUUGAUUUGGAAGAAGCAGAAGAUGAAAUUGAAGACAUUCAGCAAGAAAUCACAGUGCUGAGUCAGUGCGACAGUCCAUAUGUCACAAAAUAUUAUGGAUCUUAUCUCAAGGAUACCAAAUUGUGGAUAAUAAUGGAAUAUCUUGGUGGAGGCUCUGCACUAGAUCUGUUAGAACCUGGUGCUCUAGAUGAAACUCAGAUUGCUACUAUAUUAAGAGAAAUCCUGAAAGGACUUGAUUACUUGCAUUCAGAAAAGAAAAUUCACCGAGAUAUCAAAGCUGCAAAUGUUCUGCUCUCUGAACAAGGGGAAGUGAAACUUGCUGAUUUUGGAGUAGCCGGGCAGCUGACAGAUACCCAAAUAAAAAGAAACACCUUUGUGGGCACCCCAUUUUGGAUGGCACCUGAAGUCAUUAAGCAAUCUGCCUAUGAUUCAAAGGCAGAUAUCUGGUCUCUGGGCAUAACAGCAAUAGAGCUUGCUAAAGGAGAACCUCCUCAUUCAGAGCUGCACCCAAUGAAGGUGUUAUUCCUCAUUCCAAAGAACAAUCCACCAACGCUGGAAGGAAACUACAGCAAACCCCUCAAAGAGUUUGUGGAGGCCUGUCUGAACAAGGAACCAAGCUUUAGACCGACAGCAAAGGAGUUGUUGAAACACAAGUUCAUAUUAAGAAAUGCGAAGAAAACAUCUUACUUGACAGAACUGAUUGACAGGUACAAGAGAUGGAAGGCUGAACAGAGCCAAGAUGACUCUAGUUCAGAAGACUCAGAUGCAGAAACAGAUGGCCAGGCAUCAGGCGGCAGUGACUCAGGAGACUGGAUCUUUACAAUCAGAGAAAAAGAUCCCAAGAACCUGGAGAAUGGAGCGGUUCAGCCACAAGAACUGGAAAGAAAUAAGGUGAAAGAUAUCCCAAAGAGGCCAUUGUCUCAGUGUUUAUCUACAGUUAUUUCUCCCCUAUUUGCAGAGUUGAAAGAGAAAAGCCAGGCAAGUGGAGGCAACAUGGGAUCUAUAGAAGAACUGAGAGGUGCGAUUUAUUUGGCAGAAGAAGCCUGUCCUGGGAUCUCGGACACCAUGGUGUCUCAGCUUGUACAGAGGCUUCAGAGAUAUUCACUGAGUGGUGGAGGACCUUCAUCCCACUGAAAUUUUUUUGGUAUUUGGGUUUUUGUUUUUGUUUUUCCUUUUCUUCUUUCUUUUUCUUUUCACUUUAAAAAAAUCAACAAGACCCUGUGGUGACUCUCCUGAAGAGGUGUGUGACUGCAGGGAUCAUCUUCCAUGGCCAGAGGAGCGCUGUCCACAGAACAAACAUUCCUCAGUUUGCCACAGCAAGAUGAAGUCUCCCAGUUGGGGUGGUGUGUCAGCUCCUUAAAGCUAGUUUUAUUUUAUUAUUAUUGUUAUUAUUAUUAUUGUUUUUAAUUUUAACCAUAGUGCAUAUAUUCAAGGGAAGUAUCUUUAAAAAAACAACAAAAACAAAUAAACCAACCCUGAAAUGUAUAUUUGGGAUUGUGAUAAGGCAACUAAAGAUAUUGUGAAACCUCAGGUAUCCUGCUUUAAGUUGAUAACUCCCACAGGAGAUGGAGAAUCGCUCUGUUGGAUCUGUGUACAGAUUUGUAUAUAGUGUCAUUUUUACUGAAACCCUUUCAGCGUGCAUAAGAAAUCACUGUGUACAAAAUGGCCAAGUGCUUCUGUAGAUAAUAUUAGUGGAGUAAAUAUUUGACAGGCCAUAACUGAGUAUAUUGCCUUGCCUUUAUUACAUGUACAUUUUGAAUGAUGUGACCAGUGAUUUGGGUUUGAUUUGGUAUUUGCAGGGUUUGCCAUUGAAUAAUAAUUAUGCCCUCCUAUGGACAACUCCUGUUUGUACCUGAACAAAUGCAGAAUUUUUUUUUCUUUUUUUUUUUGAUCCCCAUAUCUCUUUUGGUACACACACAGGUUGCUUUCAUUUUUCUAUGAUGGUACUAUUUCUCAGUGUUUUAAAUUGGGACACAGCUGGCCUCACAAAGCUUUAAAUUAUUUUAAAUUCUCCUCUCCCCAGAAUAAGUAUCUUUAUUUCACUAUGGUUUUAAAAAUCGUACCACUGCCAAUUUUGCACCAGAUGUAUUGUCCCUUUCAGCACCAUAUUCUUUUGAACCUUGUUAGUAAAACCUGAAUAUCAGCUUUCCUACCUAAACAUGUUCUGAAUGCUUACAUGAAUAAAUUUUAUAUUACACCAAUUUUGAAAAAUCUCCUUGAAAUAUGGCUUUUAGAGGAAAGUUGUUUCCUUCCACCAUUUCCUGUGUAUCUUGAGUAUGUGUGAGUGCACAUGCACCCUCAGUUAGUAAAGGAAACCAUAAAGAAGACUAAUAGAAGAAAUGGCCAAUUUUCAAACCCUGAAUUUUGUUCUGAUUCCUAUGCAUUUCCUUGAGGAGAUGUGGAUGCCCCGUUGCUAGUGUUUUUGACAAAUAGUCAUGAGAUUGCUGUAUCUAUUUCAAAAGGAGUCUUCUAAUGAUGUCCCAUUUCCUUUAAUGUCACAUGGGUGGUGUGGACGGUCUGUUAGUCAUUGUGUUUUUCCCAUGGCACACUGAGUUUUACAGAGCCAGCUUUUCCAAGGUUACAAAAGAAACCCUUGGUUUCCUCAGAUGGGGAGGGAGGGUCAUUGAAUUGCUUUAGGGUUUCAUGACUAAAUGUCUAACAUAAGGUUGUAUGGACAUGUUGGCUCCUUUCUUUCUCAUAUUUUUUAAAGAAUGGUAGAUGUCUCAUUGCCUGUCCUCAUAUCAGAGCCAGAAAGGCAAGUAAUUGCUGGAAACCCUCAACUUUGUAUGAAAGUCUUAGGCAUGUGAGACACUUUUUUGGCUUAGAGUGCUGUGUACAGUAGCAAAGAGAAAAAAAGAUUCCCAAUAGUUUUCAAGUGGGUGGGCAUCAUUUGAAUGGGAAGGGGAGUGUGCAGGGGCCACGAAUUAUGUUUUUUAACUCUCUCUUCAGUUACAUUGUGAUAUUAGAAACAGACUUGAGCCAUGAAUUUCUGUGGGGGAUACAUUUUGGUUGUGGGAAAUAAAUACAACUUAAUUUGUUAA